AUGUCCGUGGUCUCCAAGAACCCCUUCGAGCUCCUCGGUAACGACGGCGAGCGCGCCGCGUCGCCCGCCCCCAAGGCCGUUGCCGCCGCUGCCCCCGCCGCUGCUGCUGCUGCCCCCAAGGCCGUCCCCGGCGCUGCCCCCAAGGGCGGCCGUGGUGCUCGCUACCCCGCCCGUGGUGGCCCCCGCAACGUCUACCGCGAGGACCGCCCCGCCACUGAGGGUGCCGAGGGCUUCGACGGAGAGCGUGUUGCUCCCCCCAGGAAGCACCACGAGGGCCGCGACAGGCACACCAAGGGCCCCAAGGACGAGAAGGCCGGCACUGGCCCCCGUUCGCGUGCCCCCGGCGCUGCCCGUGGCCCCAAGAUCUCUGGCACUCGCGGCGCCAAGGGCGGUGCUGCCCCCAUCGCCGACAAGAAGCCCGCCGCCGAGACCUACGACAACGCCGAGGGCAAGGCCGAGCUGACCGCUGAGAACGACGGCGAGAAGGAUGCCGCCGCUCCCGAGACCCCUGCCGUUGACGCCGAGGAGCAGGAGAUUGAGGAGGACAACAGCAAGACUCUCGAUCAAUACCUCGCUGAGAAGGCGGAGAAGGCCCUUGGCGGUGUUCUCGCCAAGAAGGAGGCCCGUGUCGUCACCGCCGACGACGUCGAGGGUACCGCUUUCGCUCGUUCGGAGGGCGAGUCGUUCUUCUCGGGCAAGAAGACCGAGGAGAAGCAGAAGGCCUCCAAGGCCAAGAAGGAGAAGAUUUUCCUCGAGGUCGACUUCCAGAGCGCUCGUCCCGAGCGCACCGACCGUGCUCCCCGUGGUGAGAAACCCGUCCGUGGACGUGGCGGCAACGCCUCGCGCGGUGCCGGUGCUCGCGGUGCCGCCCGCGGCGCCGCCCGCGCUCCCCGUCAGGCCCCCGCUGCCAUCAACGACGAGAAGGCCUUCCCCUCGCUUGCUUAA